UUUCUUGGGAACGAUAAAAGGAGAGAAGACGAAAGGAGACAAGCGCCUUCCUCCGGAAGCUACCCCCCCCCCAAUCCUCGAUUCUCAACUGUGUCCGUACGGAGAGGGGAGAGAGACAGCGAUUCUUUGACGGCUUAGGCUUUGGUUGGGUGGGCCCUCCGCCAUGAUUGCUCCCCUCGAAGCUGAUUGGUCAUUUCCCUUCCUGUGCGCAUGCAUAAGCAAAAGGAGGGAAAAAGCCCAUCUGGGUCGUCGCCGAUCGGCGUCUCUGGCCGGGUGAAGUUCCUCUUCUCCCCUCCCCUGUUUCGAGCGGAGCGGCGGCUGCGAUGGAGGUCGGCGACGGUCGCUCGCCGGCGAGGGUGGUCAACGACAGGGUCUACGUCGCGGUGGGGAGGGACGUACGGGAGGGACGGUCGACCCUCUCGUGGGCGAUGAACAAUUUCGAUGGCCACUUCCGGAUCAUUCACGUCCACCAGCCUCACCAGCUGAAUCCAUCUCCACGCCUGUUUUAUGGUGGUGGAUCCAGGAAUCCUCAAGAACUCGCAAGGCAAGAGAUGGAAAGGAUUCUGGAUGAGUACAUACACAUGUGUAGCCAAGCAGGGGUUCCUGCUCAGAAAAGACACGUUGAGAUGCAAGAUAUAGGAAAAGGGAUUGUGGAACUCAUCGAGCAGCAUGCCAUCACGAAGCUUGUCAUGGGAGCAGCUGCAGACAGACGCUAUUUUGAGGGGAUGACACAACUCACCUCUGCAAAGGCCAAGUUUGUGAACCAGCAUGCGCAUCCAUCUUGUCAUAUUUGGUUUGUCUGCAAUGGGCACAUAAUCUACUCAAGGGAAGGUGAUUUAAGCACUUUUGAUAUGGACAUCACAUCAUCAGUAUUACCAGGUAGAUCUGUUGUUGAAUCUGGACUACAAAAUACGAGGAGUCCUUCUCUUGAUUCGGUUCAUUCAAGAUCCAACUCUAGUGAAGUUGAAGAUGAUCUAGCUUUGGUUCAGUAUGAAAGGGGUGAGGGGAGCAACCAUGUUACUGAAUCAAAUUCAGUGCGCGCAUAUGAAGGCUACAGUCAAAAUCAAAGUUAUACUGGAAUGGAAGGAAGUUAUAGUGAGGAUCUCUAUGAGCAACUGGACCAAGCAAUGAAAGAAGUUGCAUGUGCAAAACAGGAGGCACUAGAAGAAUUGAUCCGGCGUCAGAAAGCUGAGAAAACAGCAAAUGAGGCUACCCGCAAACUUGAAGCACUUGAAAAUAAAUACAAUGAGGAGCUAAGAUUGAAGAAAGGUAUUGAGGAAUUGCCAGCACAAGAAAAGGAAGCAUUGGAAGUUCCGAAGAAGUAUAAUGAGGAACUCUUGGCUAACCAAACAAGCGAACCCUCCGGUGCACAUGGACAGGACUUCAUUUCUGAGUUUUCUGGGUACAAAUUAGAGGCAGCUUUACAGAUUGAGGAAGGGGAGUAUGGGACCACCUAUAGAGGUUCACUUCAUCACACGCAGGUGAUCAUCAAGAUGAUGCAACCCUGCAAUUACCGUCAGGCGGUUCGACGUGUGACGAAGUUGAGGCAUCCUAAUUUGGUAACACUCAUUGGAGUCUCCCCCGACACUCCGGCUCUCAUUUAUGAGUACCCCCCGAAUGGCAGCCUUGAAGACCAACUCGGCGCCAGGGACACCAGCAACCAUCUAUCUUGGCAAACUCGAAUCUGUAUUUGUGCAGAUACGUGCGCCGCUCUUAUGUUUCUUCACUCUUGCCACGGGAUGGUGCAUGGCGAUCUGAAACCGGGAAAUAUUCUUCUUGACUCCAACUUCACGGCCAAAAUAGCCAACUUUGGACUGCAUUCUGCACCAUCUCAUUUCCCCUCGACGGGAGAGUUGUCUUUUGCCUCUGAUGUUUAUUCAUUUGGUUAUGUGUUGCUGCGGUUACUCACUGGGAGAUCGGCCCUGAAUCUAGAUGAAGUGAUGCAAAAUGCAUUGGAUGGAGAAAACCUAAGUGGCGUGUUGGAUCCUACAGCAGGGCACUGGCCAUUCGAGCAAGCCACCGAGCUGGCUCACCUGGCGUUAAGUUGCCGUGACAUCGACAGCGAUAAUCGACCGGAUCUUGCGUCACAGGUGUGGCCGGUACUUGAACGGAUGCGAACCGAAGCCUCUCUAUCCAGUCGGUCUGGUCCAGAAGAGCCCAGCCAGCCUCCGGAGCAUUUCCUUUGUCCAAUCUCCAACGAAAUCAUGCGAGAUCCUCAUGUGGCGGCAGAUGGUUUUACUUACGAAGCAUCGGAAAUAAGACGCUGGCUUAGCGACGGCCACGAUACUUCGCCCAUGACGAAUAAUCCGCUUUCAACCCUCGAUCUUUUCCCGAACCAGGCGCUCCGUUCAAUGAUUCAAGAGUGGCGGCAACGCCACAACCUUUAAUUUUGGCAUUCGAGUGUGAGUAUGCUAAGAGAAUGCUGUGGAAUGCUGCAUGGAAUCCAUUUCAGCUGCAUCUCCAUGUCCUGUAAAUGAGAUCAUAUCGUGGAAACUUACAAGGACACCGAAGAGGUGAGAUCGCUUAAGCGAAACGGAAGUCCAAUGGGAUGUUUUCUUUGGACCAUCAAUUUGUACAAUUUAUAUUAUUAUUAGACUUUUAGUUUGUUCAAUUUAAUUCUUAA